UGUUCGAUUCAUCAAAAUGAAAAUAGUCUAUCUUUUUUGUGCUAUAUUGUGUUUUGGUGGGAUUAGUAUGUUGCUUACUCUCCGGUCACUUAGAGGCCUGCCAGCAGAUGAUAAGUCCUUUAUACCGAUCAGAAGAGGCUCCCAUCCUGAAAAAGUUCAUAUUCAUAAUCCUAACACAUAUACAGAAAGCUCCUACAACUAUUUAGCUGACUACAAUAAUAAUAGUGGUUCAUCAAGAAAUAUGGAAGAUAAUUCGAAGUCUAUUGAUAAAAAGCUAGGUAGAAAUGUUACCGCAAUUUUUGGAAAAGAUGUAAAAUAUUCUUUGGUGCACUUCAAUAUCACUCUUGAAGAAAUUCCACGAAAUUUAUAUGUCGCUCUGGAGAAUGAAUCAUCUAAAGGUUCAAUUAUAAACAAAAAAACUCAUAAAAAAACACUAGGUUUAUCAAAUUACACGAAGAUUUCUCAUAAAUCUCCAGAUGAUACCGAGGAAGAAAAAGAAGAGUAUGGGAAGAAAUCAUCAAGCCGGAUUACAUACGAAUAUCCAAUAAUUUCAUUAUUGCAGUUCAAUAUCACUCUGAAGAAAAAGCCAAGAAAUCCAUUAACUGUCGUUGAAACUAAUUCGAGUGAGGUUUCACAAAAAAUUGAAGAAAUUAAUUCGAAAAAUUAUAUUCACAAAUCUCCAGGAAAUUCUUAUGAGCACCUAUCAAACAAUACAACCCCGAAACAAACUGAAUACUAUGAGAGGGAAAUGUCACCCCAGAUUGUUCGAGAAUAUCCAGAAACAUCAUUAUUUCUCUUCAAUAUCACUCUUAGAGAAAUUCCAAGAAAAUUGGCAACAACUGUUGUCAAUAAAUCAUCCGUAGCUUCAUUCGUAUAUAGUAGAACUCAAAAAAGGGAAAUAGGUUUAUCAAAUAUGACAGAGGAUGUUUACAGAUCCCCAGAAUAUUCUGCCUUGGACAACAGUACAGAAAUAGAAGACUUCGAGGAUAUCCAGGUUUUCCACAAGAUUCCAAAAUUAUCAUCUGCCUACGACAUCACUCUUGAAGAACUACUAAAAAAACCUGUAGCAAACGUUAAAAAUAAGUCGUCUCAUGGUUCUUCCAUAUACGAUAGUAUCCAGGGCUCAACAAAUGUGAUGAAUACACCUCAAUUACCAGAAUAUUCCCACAAUUAUAAUUUGGAAAGCGGCAAUACCAUGGGGGAGAUGAAAAACUAUGAGAAUAAUCAACCAUUGGCUAGCAAUUUGAUGUCUAAUGAAACCAAUGGAGGAAAUUUGCAUGUUUGGAAUUUAAUACCUUCCAAUAUCAACUAUUUGGAGGAUGCAUACGAUUAUACAUUUGACAAUAAGGCCACUAUGGAAAAAAAUAUUCAGUCAUCUAAUUAUUCACAAUUUUCUAAUGAAGCGGAUGUGGCAAAGAUAUAUGCUUGGGAUUCAAUACCAGAAAAUGACCAACUUCUAGCAGGUACACUUAACAACAACAUUAUCUUAGACGAAGUAAAGAACAAUAUGACGGUAGUUGAAGAAAAUGAACCAAAUACCGUUGAAGAUUAUUCGUCCUCCGUCAUUGAGGCACCUUUGGAGUCCAAGUUUCUUCCACAGCUGUCGUCGGAUGAAAAGAUGUUCAAUUUGACGGUGGAACCUGAUGAUUUUGAAGCUCUCGUGGGAGUUCCAGAUGGAAGUUUUUUGAACUCUUCUGGAACUGAGAGAAAUUGUACAGACUGCACAGAGGCAAUAGAGGCGACAACUGGAAUGAAAUUAAUUGCAUGUAUGUGUGCCAUCUUCACAAUUGAAUUUCCCUCUGAAAGUGACAUUCCUCUCACGUCAAAAACAUUCCACAACAUAUCCUGUCACCAGGAUGUUCUCAACGAACAUGCCUGUAAGGACGUUUGCAUCGAUAUUGCCACCGUCAAUGAUGAACUGAAUGACAGCAUGGUUUGCUCCUUCGUAGAAUCCUACAAAACUGACCUGAAGGCGUUUUUGUACUCAAAGUUGUGUGAAGACGCUGAAUGGAACUUCACUGGCAUUUCAUCAGCGGAAUCUGUUUGUUGCUACAGGGGUUUCAAAAUACCUUGUUGAUCCAAUUAUUUCCCAAGAAAAAAUAAGAUUUUCUGCAUUCACUUACUUUUGCUAUUAACUAAGUUUAUUGAGUAUUUUUUUUUCUGUAGUUUGUAGGAUUUGAUAUUUUCAUUGUUCGUUUCGAGUAGUUUAUAGGUUAGCAAAAUAAAAAAUA